UCCUCUGCCACUCCGCACCCGCCGGCGGAGCACCCGGGGUGGCAGCGCUGCGCGCUCAGACCUACCCGGCUGCGGCGAGGCGGCCCUCGGUGCGUCCCGAUCCCACCGCGUGCUUUGCGACCCGGCUGCGGAGCGUUCGGCUGCCCGCAUGGACACGGCGCUGAAACGGAGCCGCUCUGAGGAGCCGGCGGAGCUCCCGCCGCCCGCCCGGGAGGCGGAGGAGAAAGAGGAGGAGGAAGAGAGGAUGGAACAGGGCCUGGAGGAGGAGGAGGAAGAGGUGGACCCCCGGAUCCAGGGAGAACUGGAGAAGUUAAAUCAAUCCACGGAUGACAUCAACAGGCGGGAGACUGAACUUGAGGAUGCACGCCAGAAGUUCCGAUCUGUCCUGGUCGAGGCGACGGUGAAACUGGAUGAACUGGCGAAGAAAAUCGGCAAAGCCGUGGAGGACUCGAAGCCCUACUGGGAGGCCCGGAGGGUGGCAAGGCAGGCUCAGCUGGAGGCUCAGAAAGCCACACAGGACUUCCAGAGGGCCACCGAGGUGCUCCGUGCCGCCAAGGAAACGAUCUCCCUGGCUGAGCAGCGGCUAUUGGAGGAUGACAAGCGGCAGUUUGACUCUGCUUGGCAGGAAAUGCUGAACCAUGCUACUCAGAGGGUCAUGGAGGCCGAGCAGACCAAGACAAGGAGUGAGCUAGUGCACAAGGAGACAGCAGCCAGGUACAACGCCGCCAUGGGUCGUAUGCGCCAGCUGGAGAAGAAACUCAAGCGAGCCAUCAACAAGUCCAAGCCUUAUUUUGAGCUAAAGGCAAAGUACUACGUGCAGCUUGAGCAACUGAAGAAGACGGUGGAUGACCUUCAGGCCAAGCUGGCCCUGGCAAAGGGCGAGUACAAGGCAGCCCUGAAGAGUUUGGAGAGGAUCUCAGAUGAGAUACACGAGCGGCGGCGUUCCAAUGCCAUGGGGCCCCGGGGCUGUGGCGUGGGGGCAGAGGGCAGCAUCACCUCGGUGGAGAACCCACCUGCAAGCAAACCUGAGCCUGAUGCCAUUUCUGUGGCUUCAGAAGCCUUUGAAGAUGACAACUGCAGCAACUUGGUGUCUGAAGAUGACUCGGAAACCCAGUCUGUGUCCAGCUUUAGUUCGGGACCGACGAGUCCAUCUGAAAUGCCUGACCAGUUCCCUGCAGUGGCAAGGCCCGGCAGCCUGGAUCUGCCUAGCCCCGUGUCCCUGUCAGAAUUUGGGAUGAUGUUCCCAAUACUGGGUCCUCGAAGUGAAUGCAGUGGGGCCUCCUCCCCUGAAUGUGAGGUCGAACGAGGAGACAGAGCAGAAGGGGCCGAGAAUAAAAUGAGUGACAAAGCCAACAACAACCGUGUUCUCAGCAGCACCAACCGUGGCAGUGGCAGGAGCAGGAGCCAAAGCAGCACGUCCCUUGAGGGCCAGGCCUUGGAAACCCGGAUGAAGCAGCUCUCCCUACAGUGCUCAAAAGGAAGAGAUGGAAUUAUUGCUGACAUAAAAAUGGUGCAGAUUGGCUGAUUCACCAAGGGCUAUGGCCCAUGUGCAGAUCAUAUUUAUACAUGAAAUUCAAGAACAUUGUGCCAAUAAUCAUUUAACAUAAGCCAAAUAGUAUGCAUUUACUCUAAACUGCACUAACCAAGUUUCAGUGACCUUGAGGGCUAAACAUUUUCCCUCUGGUAAGAGCUCUUGGGCUGGUGUGUUUUUCAGAGCAGAGCCAUUGCAGGUAAACCGUGACCAGGGAGGGUCACGGUCUUUGCAGAGCAUUCCCUGUAGCGGCAGCGUGGAAGCAAUAACUAGUUUCUGAGAAAGAACCUGUGCCAGGAGGAGAGCUGGACACUUAGCCAGACUGGGGUCACCAGUCUUCAUCUCUGUCCCCACUUCCCCUUCUUCUUGGGGAAACAUAUCUUCUCUCCAUUACAUCACAGGGCACCAAGACAAUUUAAAAAAUAACACACAAAAAAACUCAAGUGUUCAACACACUGUUGUAACAACAGUGCCAGGAACACAGCUCCUCAUCACCUCUGGUGCUCAGAGGGGGCUUUCAGAAGCAUGUCUUCUGGGAAACCUGUUGAACCAUUUCCUAGGAAAGCUACCAUGAACUGCACUUUUUUUGGGUGGGGACGGUGAAUGCCAAUGCGGGGAUGGGGAAUGAAGUAGCAGGGACGUAGAUAUCAUAGAGGGGAUCUGGGGCUGGGGGCCGUUUGUAGCCUGACCUUAGCCUGCCAGCCAAGGGGCUUUAUUCUAAGAGAAGUGCAUGUGAGGAAUGGUUGCCAUUGCUCUUAUCUAGAUUGACAAGGAGUUCAUUUCUCUGUAGACUGUAAUUUCUACAAUACCUGAGAUUAUUUAAGGUUUAUGCUGCAUCUAGUAUUCCUUAGAGGAAGCUGUCCUUAAAGCUAGGAGGGAAUGGGCAUGGUUGGUAAAUAGAAGCAAUGGAUCUGUUAUGCUAAUAGUGUAUAGACUUAGUGUUUAUGGUUAUGCAUAUUUAGAGCACUGUAUUUUAUUUGUCCUGUUUUAUUAAUCUGAAAGAAAAAAAGAAAACAACUCCCCAUUUACAACUAUUAAUUUUAGCCAUGUGUGUAUAGCUCUUCAUACACUAGUGGUUUCUUUUUUAUUGAUGGACACAGUAUCCUUAUUACAAGGUUAUUUUGUACUUGUUUUAUUACCUUGAGUGUAAUAAAAGCUGAGACUUUGUGACUUCCAAUGAGAAAGUCCAGUUGUCUGUCUUCUCCUCUUGCCUUGUGAAGAAAGAUCAUGGGUGCUGGGGGCAUCUGCUCUCCUUUCAGGUAAGGUGAUGAUGGAGCCUGAACAUUUAGCUCACAUACCAAGGUCUAGAUUAGAAUUCCUACUUUUGCUGUUACAAAGGUGAGCACUGAGGAGAGACAGGCAGGUAGUUCCAGGGGACAGUCCCGAGAAGAGAGGCUUUUAGUUUCACUGGUCAGCAUAGUCUUAGGGGCGGGGGACACGCUGUUAUAUGGUCUCAUCUUCUCAGUCUGAUUUAGUUAAUCUGUGGCACUAAAGUACUUUUUCUAAUGGGAAUCUGAGAGUAGCGGUCUUCAGACAACCCAGAAGAGGGCAUCAGAUCGAUCCCAUUACAGAUGGCUGUGAGCCACCAUCUGGUUGCUAGGAAUUGAACUCAGGACCUCUGGAAGAGCAGCCAGGGCUCUUAACCAUUGACCAUCUCUUCAGCCCCCAGUACUGGACUUUGUAAUGUAUAUGCUACAUACUGAAAUGUGCUGUGGGAAUAAGUGCCUAGUAACCAUAAGUGCUUUGCCUGUUUCUAUUCCAUCUCAGUUGGUGGACGUCCCUUUCAAUCGCUCUGUUCUGGCAGGGAAACAAUGCUCAUUUCCCCUUCCUGUCAAUACCUUUGAGGUAAAGUUGUGUAAUCUAUUUCUGGCAGAGACUAGAAGACGGGAUAGUCUCGAGGUGGGAAGUUAAGUGCUAUAUCCCUUCCGUGGGCACAGGCGUUUCACAGCAUGCCUUCCUGCUUUGGGUCCCCUCACCCAUCAGCCUGCCAUCUCCCACAGCAGGAAGGACAGAAACCUUCGACCCUGUUUCUUCGUCACUUUCUUGCCUGUCUCCCUUCACACUUCCAGGUUAAAGCAGUGCCACUCUUGUCAUCUCAGCCUCCUCUGCAAUGUUGGGGACUCACUCUCACACCUGAACUGAAACUUAGCUAAUUUCAGUUUUUGGCCCUCCAGCUCAUGUUUGAUUUUUUGAGGUGACCGCAAUAACUGAACCGUGUACUACUACUUCUAGAAUAUUGAUAAUUUCCUUUACCUUGUGUGUGGGGUGGGGUGGGGUAAGGGGAGUUUCUUCUUUAAGUCUGAGCAUCUAUGUGCAUACUGAAAUGAGAUAUCUGAACCACC